CUCACCACUGAGCUGCCAACGACGCAAACUCCGACUACCGCGCGCCCGCGAAACGCAACCCCCAAAACCCGCCUUACCCAUUACCAGAUCUACGUCAACUGGGUCGUCUCAAAUCUCCCGCCCCCGCGAAGCACGAGGAACCUUAUCCAAACCGAACGAUGCCGGCGAUACGUCCGACUACGGCCAUCCGCGCCGCCCGCGCCAUCAAGACCACCGCUCCAUCCGCGAGGGCCUUCUCUGUGACGGCCCGCCGCGCAGGCGGCGGCUCCGACUUUGACCCUCCUACCGGCUGGCUCUGGGGCGUCAAGCCCGGCGAGAAGUACGAGAAGGAAGGCUGGGAGACGCCCUUCUACACCCUUUUCUGUGGAGGCAUUAUUGCUACCGGCGUUGUCCUUGCCUUCAAGCCUGACACUUCCCUCGACACCUGGGCUCUCGAGGAGGCCAGACGGAGAUUAGAAAAGGAGGGCAUCCUGCCGGACCCCGAGAAGUGAAGAUGGAGAAUUGCCAUCUGCUACGAAACUCUGCGACAACCCCGAAUCGCUUUUUAUCUGGACCUUGAUACGACACUAUAGAAAGGGAUGGGGCAUCGGGGCAACGGAACACACGCACACAAAGAUACCGAGCCGCGAGGAUGGACCUUUUUUAUAUGGUGAAAGAGGGGAGGGGCGAGAAGAGAAAGAUAAAAGAGGAAAGGAAGCUCAUCGUCGGUAUCUGGCGACGGCGCUUCCUUUUCCGGAAAAAGUGUACAUGACCCUGCCCUUGAACUAGUUUUCCUUUUUCCGACACUAUUCUUACAGUAUGAAGACUUUUCU